AUUUUAAUCUUGUAACAGCUGAUCCUAAGGCUUGGUACUCAAGUCCCUUAUUACCAUAUUAAUAACAUGGCAGGUUAAUAAUAAUAAUGGAAAGAUUGGUGGCUUAAGAAAUUAAUUAAGAAGACUCCAGAGAAGGCUCCUCCCUGGGAGGGAGACACAGGAGAUCCAGAAUGAGCCCAGCAGCAGCAAAAGGAAAAGCUAACAAGCACCGCAGUUGCUUGCCUGUCCCUUCCAACGCGCCAAGGCUUUCUCCUCUCACAGCAGCCUCAACGCUGCUGCCUUCGUGCAGCUGCUGUCGCCCAACUAGGCCCGGAGCAGCCCGAGGAGCGCCGCCGCCGCCGGUGCUGCUAAAUGAGAAACAUCUGGCGCCAAGGAAGCUUGGACCAGGCACCCAUUGGCUGCCGCGGGUCAGGAUGCAGGGAGGAGUCCCGCCGUUUUAAAGCCAUGACAUCACUUUCUUCCGAAGCGGCCUUUGGAAGCGAGGACCGGGGAGAUCGCCGCGGUGCCUGCGCGAAAUGCCGCGGGGUGCCUGCGGAGCGACCGCGGCUGUUUGGGUGGCAGCAACCCCCGCCCGCCACAAGUGACAUCGCGGGGCAAAAGUGAUGACAGGAGUCCUGGAGGUUGGACUUGUCAUAGUGUCCACCACUGGGGCCUUGAAGAAAGGAAACAAUGUCUGAAAUUGAGCUGCAGAGUGAGAUGAAGCCGGACAGGGAUGGCCAUGAGCCAAGCACACCCCAGGAGCUUCUGCAGAGACUCCGGGAGCUAGAGGCAGAGAAUUUGGCUUUGGUGCAAGCCAAUGAGAACCAGCGGGAAACUUAUGAACGCUGCCUGGAUGAGGUGGCCAAUCACGUGGUACAAGCACUGUUAAACCAAAAAGAUCUUCGUGAAGAAUGCAUAAAGCUGAAAAAACGGGUCUUUGACUUGGAACGGCAAAACCAGGCUCUCAGUGAUCUUUUCCAUCGAAAGCUGACUUCUGGAUCUCUCUCCCAGCCUCCAGCCCAUCCAGCUUCCUUGCUGUCCAGUCCAUCCCCAAUCUCCCAGCCAGGCCCGGUAGAGAAGCUCCCGGUGCCAUUUCCCCUGGGACGGUGCCUCUUGCAGAGAGAGAUCAUCUCUGAGGAACAUUGUCUGGGCAUUCCUGGAUCUAAUCCCCAGUCUCUGGAGGCUCUAUCCCCUUUCCUGCGAAAGAAGGCCCAGAUCCUGGAAGUGCUUCGUUCCCUGGAAGAGAUGGACCCACUGCUUGCCUUUCCCUCGCCUUGGAGAGACCCAGGGCAGCUGAGCUCUCCAGAAGGCGUGACUGCAGAAGCCUGGCCAUGUCUACUGCUGGCACAGGGUGAAGGGGUGCCUGGACAGCCUCCGCUGAAAAGUGAGGGCAGCUCCUCCUCCUCCUCAGAUGAGGCUGGGGAAUCCGAUCCCCCAGAGAAAGGGCGCCCAGGGCAAGGGUUGCUGAGCGCGCUGGCCGAACACAAGCUGGAGUUGGGAGAGGUGGAGACGUACCUGCAGCACGUCCUUCGGGGAGCCGGUGACAGUGCCCUGCUCAACGGGGAGCCCAGCGGGCCCUGCUCGAUGGGAGACCCUGAAGGCCAGAGCAGGAGCUACAAGCGCAUCCAGGCUGUGAGUUGUCUAGAGGCCUUGGGGCCUCCCUCCUCCUGCAGGGAGCCAGCCUACCUGAGCGUCUUUGCAUCAAGCGAAGACAGAGAUAAGUCUCAGCAAGGGCUCCCUAUCCCCUCUCCCUCCAAGGUGCUCAAGUUGCUGAAAAUGCCACCGCCCCCCAGCCCUGCUGCCCUCCGCCUCAGCCCGCAGCUCACCCGCAGCUCCAAAAUCCCCUGCCGCAGUAACACGUACGAGGUGUACCACUCCCCGACGCCCAGCCGCAAGGGAUCCCCCGACAGCCCGGUCCCUGCUGGUUCCGGCAGUGGCGGCGGACAGCCCUCCCCCAAGUCCAGCCGACCCCUUGUCCCAGAGUCCUCCCCAGAUCCUUUUGGGUUCCACACGCCCCAUGAGUAUGAGAACAUUUUAGAGUUGACCCUCCACACUGCCGUGAGCUCUCGCUCCCCCUCGUCCCGUGAUGCCAGGCUGGACGCGUCAGAGGCACUCCUGCCUUCCUGCCGCUCGGCUCCUCUCCGGGCAAUGCCGCCUGGUGACAUCUCCCUGGAGCCCUGCCCUGCCGGCAGCCGAGAGAAGCCAGGCCCGGAGAGCAGGCGCUCUCCUCCUCUGGCCCGCAGGAACCCCGACAGCUCCAAGAGAGGCACCAGCGGCUCUGCCAAGCGGACGCUUGAGGCGGCAGCCAGCAUGCCCUUCAAAGAGCGGCUGACAGUGCUGGGGCGGCUGAAGGGGGUGGAAGGGAAGGAGGGGUCGGGCUUUGAGAAGGGGAGGGCCCCCACCCGCUCAGGGGAACGUGGGGAAAGCCUUCCCGAUGCCCACCCCAGGCUGGGCUCUGGGAGCAGCAGCCUCAAGCACCCAGAGCCCUGCCACGGGAGUGAAUCAGCCCCUCGGUGCUACUCCUCCCACUCCGUUGGCUUCCGCGGGAACGACUCUGAGCAGCAGGGCUCCAAGAACCGCUCCCUGGGAACACCAGCCAACAGAAAUCCCCCCAAACCCCCGCCACCUGGGAAAAAUGCCAAGAGUCCCCACGGGAGCCCAACUAAGUUACCUUCCAAAUCCCCAACCAAGCCUCCUGCCCCAGAGCCCAAGCCGUGCCCGCCCUCAGCCAAGGCACCCACUAGCGUUGGGCGUAAGAACCCCUCUGGCCUGGACCAGGCCAAGGGAAAAGCUGGGCCUCCUGCCAGCAUUGAAGAAAAGGUGAUGAAAGGCAUCGAAGAGAACGUCCUACGAAGGCACAAAGGUGGGCCGGCCACAGGGGAGGCCAAGCAGAAGAAUUCGAGUGGUCUUGCCAGUUGGUUUGGCCUGCGUAAGAGCAAGCUGCCUGCCCUCAGCCGGAGGCCGGAGACUCCCAAAGCCAAGGAAAGCAAAGCGGUCUCGCGCAGGCUGGAGGCUGAGAGCCUGAACAUUUCCAAGUUGAUGGAGAAGGCGGAGGACCUGCGCAAAGCCCUGGAGGAGGAGAAGGCCUACAUCAAUGGGCUGGCCCUGGACAAGCCUCGGUCGCACCCCUGUGACACUGGACACAGCCAGCUCACCCUCAUGUACCAGGAGGUGACUGCAGAGAACUUCAUGCAGCAACUGCUCAAUAGAGUGGAUGGGAAAGAGGCACCGUGUGAGACUCAUCUGGAGCAGAAGAAUGAGCUACAGGGCCUGCAGAGAGGCCUACGUGAUGCCAAAGAUCCCCGCCUUAUCCGGCCGCCACGCAAUGGCAUAGUUGGGCACCUCCAUGCCUGUCCGGAGGCUCCAGACAAGCUUCAUGAAGCUGCCUUGCGGGAAGAGCUGCCAUCUGAUGACAGCUUGGCUGAAUUGGUGACCUCCCAGCACUUUGCCGUGUGUAGCUCCUUAAUGCGGACUCUGGACAGUGGCAUUGGCACAUUCCCCCCUCCUGACUACUGCAGUGGGAUGCCCUGUAAGAGUGUCCCGAAACUGAGACCUCGACUGGAUCCUCCACCAGCAGGGCCUCUCCCCAGUAGAGGUCCCCCACCUGUCACCAGAGUGCCCCGCAAAGCCCGAACGCUGGAGAGGGAGGUGCCAAGCGCAGAGGACCUGAUGGGGCCUAGCAAGCACCAAAGCAUGCCAGCUUUCCACGGCAUCUUAACCAGUGCAGAGCCGCCCCUCGGCCGUCAUGAUCGCGGAGGCUGCCUGCAAGAUCUCUGCAGUGAAGCCAGCAAUCCCCGGCGUAUCCAACAUGGCAAGAACUGGACUUUCCCUAAUGCCAAAGCAUCAACUGGCAUGGACCCCUUUCUCUGCUCUCCUGACAGGCUGGAGGAGCUCCAUGGUUCUGCAAUGGGCUCGGCUUGCAAUGUUGUUGAGAGAAGACGGGCUUCAUCAGAAGGACCUCAGGCCUCCCCGGCCUUCAGCACCAGCAGCAGCCGUACCCCUAGCGCUUCUGACGUGGGUGAAGAGGGCAGCACAGAAGCCCGUUCCAGGGAUAUGGGUCCAGAGGGGCAGCCAGGCCUGGAGAACUCUGAGUCCCUCAGUGACUCUCUUUACGACAGCUUAUCCUCCUGUGGCAGUCAGGGCUGAGCAUUUUGAGGAAGGAUGAGGGCAUUGACUUCCUGGGUUGACACUGCCACAUGCUCCUGCCUGGUGCUUUGAGGGCCCAGCACUUGCCCAUAGGAUCCUGCUUGAUUCUUCUAAACCAAAUUUGGCCUGCACCAGAACACGACGUGUCUUCCACACCAGCUCCCUGCCCAUUCUUAAGCAGGGAAAUGGGACUUCUUCAGCAGGGCACCAGAUGACUUGCCUAUUAAGAGAAGAGACAGGAAGGAAAGAAAAGGUGGGCGGG